AUGAGUCUGGUGCUCAGAAACCUGCAGCGAGCUAUCCCCCUCCGGAGAGUGCCGCUCCGCCAGAGGAUGGAGAUAGUCAGGAGUAUUUUAGGAGUCCAGAAAUUCGACCUGGGGAUCAUCUGUGUUGACAACAAGAGUAUUCAGCACAUCAACAGGAUCUACAGACAGAAAAAUAUCCCAACUGAUGUGCUUUCUUUUCCAUUUCAUGAGAAUCUGAAAGCAGGUGAAAUUCCCCAGCCUGAUUUUCCAGAUGACUAUAACCUGGGGGACAUUUUCCUAGGAGUGGAGUAUAUCUUCCAGCAAUGCAAAGAAAAUGAAAAUUACUAUGACAUCCUGACUGUGACUGCCACUCAUGGGCUCUGUCAUCUACUGGGCUUCACACAUAACACAGAGGCCACGUGGCAGAAGAUGUACCAGAAGGAGAAGCAGGUUCUCGAGGAGCUGAGCCAGCGCACGGGGGCCAGGCUCCAGCCCCUGAGCAGGGACCUCUUCUGA